UCAUGCUGCUGCCAGGUCCAGAGUCUCUCAUGGGUCCCUGUACGGCCUCCCAUUGCUGCUGUCUCCAUCGCCACACUCUGCCAUGUGCCACUUUCAGGUCUCCUCACACUGCUGGUGUGUUGAAUUUUUUGACAUAGGGUGCUGGCAGAUUACGGGCCUCCCAUAGCUGCUGCCAGGCCCCUAAUCUGCCAUGGGCCCCUAUAUACCGCCUCCUCAUGCUGCUGCCAGGUCCAGAGUCUCUCAUGGGUCCCUGUACGGCCUCCCAUUGCUGCUGUCUCCAUCGCCACACUCUGCCAUGUGCCACUUUCAGGUCUCCUCACACACUGCUGGUGUGUUGAAUUUUUUG